AUGGGUGAGCCAAAUGACAUAGACCAGUUUCAUCCAGUAUCGUUGUCACCAUCAAUUUACAAUCUUCCUAUUCAAGAUCUACUUGAUGAUAACAAAAGAAGGGACUUCAUCAAUAUUUGUGUUCCUCUAAGUAAAGCAUCGAUGAAAGGAGAUUGGAAAACUGCAAAAUCCAUCCUCAAUUGUCAGGAACAUCUAGUACGUUAUAGUAUCACUGAAAAUUGUGAAACAGCAGUUCACAUUGCAGCGGCAGCUCAAAGGAACACAAAAAGCAUCAACUUCGUGCAACAUCUUGUUGGAAAGAUGGAAAAGGCAGACUUGCAACUUCAAAAUAGACAAGGUAACACUGCCCUUUGCUUAGCAGCAACAGCUGGAAAUGUUGAAAUUGCUAAAAUUAUGGUGAAAAGUAACGAGGACCUGCCCACAAUCGCUAAUGGCGAAGCAAUGAGACCAUUGUUUAUUGCGGUGUUAUUUAGACACCACGAAAUGGUAAAUUAUCUCUAUCACCAAUCUCAGCGAAUGGGUGUUCCUGAUUGGACACCUAAAGAUAGGAAGUGGGUUUUCUUAAGGUGCAUUGAACUUGAUCUCUGGGAUUUCGCACUAAAAAUAUUAAAAGACUACCCACUCCUAGCUCAAUGUGAGAGUGCACUCGGUGCUUUGGCUCGAAAGCCUUCUGCAUUUGAUGAAUCAAAACAACAUUGCAUCUGGAGAAUCAUCAAUCCAAUCAUUUGUUUGAAAAGGGAACAUGUUGCAACAGAUAGUAAAGCCAUGCAAAUACUAAGAAAGAUUUGGACAAGGAUCGAGGAAAAACCCAAGGCUGAAAUAGAUAAAAUACUUAGAGGCCCCAAGGUUCUUAAAGAUGGAAUUCAAACAUACCCAUCAAGAAUACUAUUUGUUGCUGCAGAAAUGGGCAACACUAAAUUUUUGGUCGAGCUCAUUUCUAGAUACCCUGAUCUUAUGUGGAAGAAAAAUGAGAAUAAUCAAAGUAUUUUCCACGUUGCUGUGUCUCAUCGUCAUGAGAAUAUCUAUAAUAUGUUAUAUGAGAUAGGCUCAAUGAAGGCUUUAAUAAUUUCUCUGGCAGAUAAAGAUGGCAAUAAUAUGUUGCAUUUGGUUGGAAAUAAGGCAGAGAAACGCCGAGAUCAAGAUGUGUCGGGGGUAGUCUUCCAGAUGCAACUUGAUUUAAUAUGGUUCAAGGAAGUAGAGUCUAUGAUCCCCCCUCUUUACAAGGAGCAGAAGAACACAAGUGGCUUAACACCGUAUGAACUAUUCACUCUCAACCACACAACUUCAGUUAUCGAUGGUGAGAAAUGGAUGAAAGGAACCGCUAGUAAAUGCACACUGGUUGCUACAUUAAUAGCCACCAUUGUAUUUGCAGUCGCUUAUACAAUACCAGGUGGCUAUGACCAAAAUGAUGGAUUUCCUAUGUUCCUUCACAAUGGACCCUUCCUAUUGUUUGUUGUGUUAGAUGCCAUUUCUUUUAUCUUGUCUUCGAUUUCAAUCCUUGUGUUCUUAUCCAUACUUACUUGUCGUUACACUCAAGAGGAUUUCAGAAAUUCAUUACCUGAAAAACUAUUGGUAGGUCUCUCAAUGCUUUUCCUCUCCAUAGUGACCAUGAUGAUUUCUUUUAGUGUCAGUUUCUUCGUGUUGUAUCGUCACCGUUUUAUCACGUUAGCAAUCUUUGUUAGCGUAGUUGCCAUUAUACCUAUCGUUUCUUAUGCUUAUCUUCAAUACCCUCUUUUGAAGGAUGCAUUUCGCUCGACUUAUGGUUCCAAGUUUCUCUUUAGGCCGAAAGAACAAAUGCUUUACUAUCAUAAUCCAAGUUUCUAG